UACUUCACCCAAUAUAUUUUAAAUUAUCCAUGGCAAUUAUAAUUGUUGUUGUUGUUGUUGUUGGAUGUUAUGAAUCAACUUCUGGGAAGCCAUGGAAAACAAAUAUUUACUACAUUCUGUCAUUUACUAAACUAAAAAUGAAAAAAUUCUUGUGCUAAGAACACAUAGGCAUCACCAAAAGGUAUCGUUUCGUGAAUCGAAAUAAACAUGUCUUGUUGCUGCCCAGCGGACGAUUUGAUGAUAGAUUGCAAUGGGUGUUUCAUUUGCGAUACGAGUCCGAAAGUGAAGGGCCGAUUCGGUCUGGCAUGGGUAACAGAGUCUCCAGAUUGUCCGUGCCCCACGCCAGUCGGAUGGCAGGUUGAGUUCUUGGAUACACCCUCAAAGGUUGAACAGAAAUGCCAGGAAAUGGUACGAUGGAUAAACUGUCCACCAUUGCCACGUUGUGAUCCUUGUCCACCUUGCGAACUCUGCUCACCGUGCAACCCACCACGAUGCAACCCAUGUGCACCAAAAUGCAAUCCCUGCGUGCCACGGUGUUGUCCGCCUUGCUGUCCACCUUGCUGUACACCCUGCUGUGCACCCUGCAGACCACCGCCUUGCUGCUGCAAACCACCGAAGAAAUCAAAGAAAUCGUGCUGUUGCAAGCCAAAGUGUUGCCCACCGAUGGGUCCGCCCUGCUGCAGAAGCAAAUCACCAAGACGAUGCCCGCCGCCGAAAUGUUGUUGCGAUAAAGAGGAUCUGUCGAAAUGCGGUUGCGAUGAUGUCCCAGUGAAAGAUACGAAUGGAUCCAAUGGCUCCACAUCAGGUAGUUAUUGCAUAAUUCAACGAUUCCCAGUAAUGUGUCCAUAUGUCUCGCAACAGGUAACGGUAACUGAUACCUAUGAGGACUGUUGUGCUACUCAUUCAGCAACAAACACAUUGACCAUUUACAAGAACCACAAUCCAUUCAACACCGACACUGAAUAUUAUGAUUCGUGCAAUGAGAAAUGUCCAUCAUUCGACCGUUCAAAAUACCUGUUACCUCGUGGAACUUUUAGAGAUUCUCUAAACGGAGAUUUUCCAGAAACGAGGAAAAGAAAAUCGCCGACUGCAACACCAUGUUCUUCGCCAACCAAGCACCAUUCUCGAGACAUCAAUAACUAUGGAACCCAAACUGAACGUGACUACAGGAACUACGAUUCUGAACCGGAGGAAACAAGAUCGCCGUGUUGCAAGUGCAACCAAAACGAAAGCAAACAACGCGACACUGCGAUUUCUCCAACACCAUCGCCGACAACAUCUAGAAAUUCUCAAAAAUCUGAUAUUUCAAAGAGCAAACCAUCGGAUGAUGAACAACAACAACAACAAAUUGACGAAUAUAAAUCACAAGAAAAUAAUCAACAACCAUGCCCAUACAAUACACAAUACAAUAACAACACAUGCGUGGAGGAUUGCAUGAAGGAGACACUGAGUAAUUGCGAUUUUCCAGUUUCCGAAGAGGACACCUGCGAGUGCAACGAAGCAGGGCAGGAUGGUAAAGUGGAUUUCGACGAUUCUAAUUCGACUAUUCGGCAUAGCAGUACAUCUGUUAGUGGUGGCAAACAUAAGCAGAAAAAGCGUCAAUGUCAGCCUGCUACUGGAACGUCCUCAAUGGAUAAAACACAUUCUCAAAUGUCAGAUCAUAAAUCGCACAGCACGUUAGUUGGUUCUUCGGAAAAAUUCGAAUGCAGCAAAGACGGUGAUGGUGACGGAAAUUCUGAUCAGGAUAAUAAAGUAAAGCAGAAGCAAGUAACGACCUUCCGAUAUAAAUGGCUAAAUUCGUGGGCCAGAUGCUUCAAGAAACCUCCUAGUUCAGAUGUUGAUUGCAAAUCCGCUAAAAAGGUUCAUAAUAGCAAAGACGAGGGGAAGGGUGAUGAUGAGAAAACUUAAGUGUAUUAAUUAAUAAUGGGCGUUGCAUGUUAGUGUUUCAAUAAUAUUUAUAUGGAUGUGGUUUUAAUAAAUUUUAAUCGUAACUGAAUUUCUUGUGACUAAUUUCUUU